AUGAGUACUUCUCAAUCAAGUCUAACAAAUGGAUCUCCAAAUGAUAUAACUUCUUCCAAUCCAAUCCCAUCAGAUGAUGAAUCUUUUUUACAAAAUGAUAAUUUUAAAGCAAUGCAAUCUGCUCCAAUUACAAAACCUAUAGUACAACAACAACAACAACAUAAUCAUAAAGUUAAAGAUUUAAUAUCACCAAAUUGGUCAAAUACUCAAAUCAUUGCAUUGAGUGGUGCAUUUGCUGGAUUUAUUGCUGGUGUUUCUGUAUGUCCUCUUGAUGUUGCUAAAACAAGAUUACAAGCUCAAGGUUUAUCAUCAAUAAAAAAAUAUCAUGGUAUAAAGGGCACAUUAAAAACAAUAUUCAAUGAAGAAGGUGUAAGAGGUCUAUAUAGAGGAUUAUCACCAAUAAUCUUGGGGUAUUUCCCAACAUGGAUGAUUUAUUUUUCUGUUUAUGAAAAGGCAAAAAUUUUUUAUCCAAAUUUUUUUGAUAAACAUUAUGGAAUAAAUCAUAAAGAUAAUGAAUUUCAUGAAUUUUUAAUACAUUCACUUAGUGCAUUUACUGCUGGUUCAGUUUCUACAUCUAUAACUAAUCCUAUUUGGGUUGUUAAAACAAGAUUAAUGUUACAAACUGGUGAUGGUAAGAUAAGUUUUAAUUCGAAUCCAAAUACAACAACAACAGGGAAUACUUUCCAACAUGAUAAUUAUUAUAAAAAUACAUUUGAUGCUUUUAGGAAAAUGUAUAAAAAUGAAGGUUUUUUAGUUUUUUAUUCAGGAUUAAUACCAUCAUUAUUUGGUUUAUUUCAUGUUGCUAUACAUUUCCCAGUUUAUGAAAAAUUAAAAAAAAUUUUAAACGUUGAUAAAUUUCAAUCUCAAUCCCUUAAACAAGAUGAUCAAAAUCAUAAUUCAAAUUUAUUAAGAUUAAUAAUGGCUUCAUCAUUAUCCAAGAUGUGUGCAAGUACAUUAACUUAUCCUCAUGAAAUCCUAAGAACAAGAAUGCAAAUAAAAUCAUUCAAUUCCACAUCAUCAAAUUCAUUAAUAAAUACAAUAAUUAAUAUUUAUAAAAAAGAAGGUUCAUUAGGGUUCUACCAAGGGUUUACAACAAAUUUAACAAGAACAGUACCUGCAAGUGCAGUUACUUUAGUUUCAUUUGAAUAUAUUUCUAAAUAUUUAACCAGGGUAUUAAAAGAACCAUCAUAUCCCUUGAAACCUAACUAA